GUUCAAAAAACAAAGGAGCUUUGGAGCUCUGGUUGCUGCUGCAAAAAUGGCUAAUAGUGAUUUUAGAAGAUUUGAACUAGUCGUUCGAUGGAAAUCGGAGAAAGUAGAAGAUAAUUUGGGCGUCAAAUUCGUUGGUGGUAGUAGUUUUCAGAUGACGAUUCCAUCCAGGGUCACAUAUCAUUAUCUUUGUGAGAAUCUAAUUCCGAGAAUACGGCGUAGAGACGAAGCAGUA